UCUAUUUCAAUCUAUCGUUGCGGGCGCACGGUACACUGUUCUUUGCCUCUACGCGCGAAAGAAAAAACUUGACGCUACGAAGUUUUGAAAAAGGAACACUAUCAAUUUUCUGUGCAUAUUAUGACCUCUUAAAAUUAAUUCAAAUUUCGAACUCACAUUUUGGACUUGUAAAUGUAAAAGUUUCGUGUUUUGUUUUGUUCGAAAACCAAAAGUUUCAUUGCUGAAUUGAGAUUAUUUGAUUCUCUUGAAGUUUCUUCUCUUCCAUCAGAAGAAAUAACGAUGAAUCAGUUAAGAUAACGUACAGUUGAAUUGACUGCAGAUAAGAAAAAUAUACAAUAAAUCUUCAGAAACAGUAUGAUAAUUAGUCAAUCUUUGCAAAUAAGAAAGAGAAACCAUAAAAAGUACCAACCUCACAACCAUGAUAACAUCAAUAACAAACCUCGAUGGUUUAUGAUGGUAAAUUAAUUUGAACAAAAAAUUAUGCAGAACGCAUGGUCUUCAAACGAAACUUUAUAUGAUGACAACGACACAUUCGAGAACAUUUCCCAAUAUGACAAUGUUACGGUACCGGAUCCAAUCGAAGAUAAAGCGAUUCAAGCGGCUUUCUGCACGGCGUACACAAUAAUUUUCGUAGUAGGCAUCUUCGGUAACGCUCUUGUUUGCUAUGCGGUAAUCAGAAACCGAGCCAUGCAAACUGUCACUAAUCUAUUUAUCACGAACUUGGCCUUGUCGGAUAUAUUGCUGUGUGUAUUUGCAGUCCCAUUUACUCCUCUUUAUACUUUCUUAGGUAGAUGGGUCUUCGGUGGCUUGCUCUGCCAUAUCAUGCCCUAUGCUCAAGGCUGCAGCGUCUACAUUUCCACUUUAACGCUCACCUCGAUCGCGAUCGAUAGAUUCUUCGUCAUAAUAUACCCCUUCAAACCUCGUAUGAAAAUUAAAACUUGCAUUGGACUUAUAAUUUUCAUUUGGGUCUUCUCUUUGUCUGUGACAUUUCCAUACGGCUAUUACAUGGCCCUUCAAGACAUUUUUUGUGCCGAAAAAUGGCCAUCAGAUCAAUUCCGUAAAGCUUUUGGGGCUGUGACGACGAUCAUGCAAUUUGUUAUACCAUUCAUAGUUAUGGCGUUUUGCUACACGUGUGUUAGUGUAAAAUUGAAUGAUCGACUUAAAACUAGACCGGGCAGUAAAAAUAGUAAAAAGGAAGACGCAGAAAGAGAAAGGAAAAGAAGAACAAACAGAAUGCUCAUAGCAAUGGUAGCGAUAUUUGGAUUGUCCUGGUUGCCACUGAAUUUGAUAAACAUAAGUAGCGACUUUUACUCUUUAGCUGAGGAUUGGAGGUACUACAUGGUGUUAUUUUUCGUUGCACAUUUUAUAGCAAUGUCUUCCACUUGUUACAAUCCUUUCCUGUAUGCGUGGCUCAACGAGAAUUUCCGCAAAGAAUUCAUGCAGAUUCUUCCAUGCUUAGGAGCAUUAGUCACAAAGAAGCCUAAGAGGAAUUUCAAUCAGUCUGAGAGAACGGGCAUGUACCGUUCAGAAAAGACUUGCAACGGCAACGACACUAUUCAGGAGUCACUAUUGACAUCCACCGUAACUAAACCUUCUGUUAGAUAUAAAAUAGAAUUUAAUGAGAAAUUAAAAGUCUAUGAAGACGAUGCCGAGAAUAUAAGUCCUGAUGAGAAACCAGAGGACAAUCCUAGUCCGAAUGAAGACUGCGUUAAAAUGUAUAUGUUUGUAGAUAAAUCUGUGGUUUCUUCGGAUAAGGAGCCAAUUGUAUCAGCACUUUAAAUUAUGUGGUACCCAGCUGUCACAGCUUCAGUCAAAAUUAGCGCAAAACUUAAACAGCUUUAAGCUACUUAAUUGUUUAUUGUACAAAAUAAGAAAAUGUUUAUCAAAACUUAAAUGUUGAUAGUAGAUUUAAAAAAAAAAGUUGUAAAUGUCAUUAGAGGAUCAUGUCGUUUUUGUAAUUACGAUAAUAUAAUUUAAAUUGUAAAAGUUGUAUAUAUUUAAAUUCAUAAUAUAUUUUGUGUAAAUAAAUUUAAGAAAAGCAUUUACGUCAAUAAUGUUUCUAAAGAACUUUGAGCCCAUUGUCGAAUUUGCUUUUCUUCAUGAUUAAUUAUUAAGUGUUUAAACUAUAAAAUAAAAUAUUUUAUUUGUGUAAAAUAUUUUUUUAAACCGAGAUAGGGUAUAACAUUGUAAGUUGGAGCUAAUAUUAUGUCAAUGGAUGGGAAACUUGUGCAAUUCGCUGUCAUUAAUUUAAUAAACUGUACCAAAGA